UCAAAGUCAAAUUACGUAAUGAAACAAAAUAUUUAAGAAUUAUUUUAGGUUAACAUUCUCAUAAGCCAACAAAAUGAUAAAGUUCGGUAUUAAAUCGGCUGUAUUAGGUUCAGCAGUAUAUUACACUGUGGAUAAAGGUGUUUGGAAGGAUAGUGAGACAACUCGAGAACUAUAUGAAGAAUUAGAGAAAGGAAUGUCCCCAUAUGUUGGUGAAUUCAAAAAACAAAUACCAUUUGAGUUGCCUCCACUUCCAUCAAAUGAUAGAGUAUCGUAUUUAUUCAAAUACUACUGGAACUGUGGUGUGAAAUCAACAUUUCAAUUCCUAAUUAACCUUCCGACUCAUACCACAAAUGCAAUAACAUUAGCAUAUGACAAAAUAUCAUCAGCAACCUCUAAUGAACCUGCAAGCAGUCAAGAGGGUACCAAAUAAAUGAUAGGAAAAAUAUGAUUUUCUUUAACUAGAUUAUUAUUUAAACUUAUUAGUAUUACAUGUUAUUAAAGUUAAUAAGUUGGCAUUAAUUGUGACUGUUGUUAAUAUCUUAAAGAACAA